AUGGAUUUAUCCAAAGUCGGCGAAAAAAUCAUGAGCUCCGUUAGGUCCGCGAGAUCUCUCGGAAUGCUUCCUCCCGUUCCUGAUCGCCCCGAGGUAAAUCCUCCUCCGCUUCAUUCUCGUGUACAAUUGUGUGGCCAUCAGUACUACACUCGUCAUGCGGAAUUUGUUUUUCAAUUCGGAACUUUAGAUGCGUACGUUAACUAUGUUGCUUUAAUGCAAUUUAUGCGAGUUUUGGAUUUGAUGAUGUACCGUUGCUCUGCGCCUGCCACCUGGUUGAGAAUUGACGCUGAGCGAGACUUUGUUCCAGCUCGAGCUGCUGCUGCAGCUGCUGUAGCUCGUGCUCUUGCAGGGUUACCUCCUCAUCAGCGAUAUAGUUUUUCAUCAAGUUCAGAAGAACUGAGUUCAAUAUAUGGAAGCAGACCUCAAGGCCAAUUAGUGGAGGAGCUGGAGGAUGAAUUCUAUGAAGAGGACUUUGAUCCAAUUAAGCAUGUUUUAGAGCAUGUUCCAGCUGAAGAGAACGAGCUAACAUAUUUUGAAAAACAGGCUUCCCUUAGAUUGCUACAACUGGAUAGAGUGGCUGAACUUUUGUCUCGCCAUGUUAUGGAGCAUCAUGAAGUAAUGGUGAAGGGGAUGAAUUUGGUCAGAGAAUUGGAAAAAGACUUAAGAAUUGCAAAUGUCAUCUGUAUGAAUGGAAGAAGACACUUGACAUCAUCUAUGAAUGAGGUUUCAAGGGAUCUGAUUGUGAAUUCUUAUUCCAAAAAGAAACAAGCUCUUCUGGACAUGCUUCCAACCUUGACUGAACUUCAGCGUGCUUUAGACAUGCAAUCAACACUUGAAUCCCUUGCAGAGGAAGGGAAUUAUUGGAAGGCAUUUCAAGUUCUAUCUGAGUAUUUGCAACUCUUAGAUAGUUUGUCAGAGCUUUCAGCAAUACAAGAAAUGAGUCGUGGUUUGGCUAGGAAGAACUUUGCAGAAGCUAGAUGCUCUCUUAUUGGGAGUAUGUCAAGAGUUCAAGGAAGAUUGCUAUAUAACAGGAUUCUGACUGCAUCAAUGGUUGAGAGAAAACUCUAG